CUCCGCUCUCUCUUUCCCCACCACUCCCUCUCUCCCUCCCUCCCCUGUCCCUUAGCUUUUCUCACUUCUCUUCUUCUUGUUUGGCGUUUGAAUGGAGAAGCUGGGUUCCUCGGACCCAGCUCACCCUUUGCCGGGUGCAGGGCCCUUUGAUGGGGUCUCCGUUCCCAAGACGGCAAUGGCUGAGGCAGAGGAUGCGGCGGCAGCAGUCAGCUCAAAACUUUUCCGCUGUGCGUGUGUAAGACGUUGGCUACCACUGGCCUACAGAGAGGAACUCUACCAGGUCCUACGGCUUACAGGUCCACUUCUGAUGUCUCGGAUUCUGAACUUCCUCCUGCCAUUUGUUAACACCAUAUUCUGUGGUCACAUUGGCAAUGCUGAACUGGCUGGAUAUGCACUGGCCUCAGUGAUGAUUAACAUAACCACAACUGCAACAGGUUAUGGCCUCGCCCUGGCCUGUGACACACUCAUUUCUCAGACAUUCGGCGGUAGGAACAUGAAACGUGUGGGAGUAAUCCUCCAAAGAAGUUCAUUGAUCCUGCUGCUGUUUUGUCUGCCCUGUUGGGGUCUUCUUAUCAACACUCACAACUUGCUGCUCAUCUUGCACCAAGAGAAUGAAGUGGCAAGAAUUGCCCAAAUCUAUGUGAUGGCAUUUCUUCCAGCUGUUCCAGCCAUGUUCCUGCACAAUCUGCAAAUUUCCUACCUACAAAACCAAGGGAUCAUUCUGCCUCAGUUGUACACAGCAGCAGUAGCAAACAUUUUUAACUUGGGGACCAACUACGUCUUAAUCUUCAGCCUCGAGAUGGGAGUCGUUGGAUCAGCAAUAGCUAACGGCCUCUCUCAGAUCGCCAUUUGCCUGCUGCUGUAUGGCUACAUCAGAUGGAAGAAACUCUAUCAGCCGACAUGGGGAGGCUGGUCCACUGACUGUCUGCAGGAGUGGGGCUCCUAUAUGAAGCUGGCUAUUCCCAGUACAUUCAUGACCUGCUUUGAAUGGUGGGUUUGGGAGGUUGGAGGUUUCCUUGCGGGUGUACUGGGAGAGGUGGAUCUGGCUGCCCAGCAUGUGUUGGUGGAAAUAGGAGCCAUAACAUUUAUGUUCCCUCUAGGUGUCCAUGCAGCUACCUGUGUGCGUGUUGGGAAUGCUCUCGGGGCCGGGAACACAGCCAGGGCCAUACUCACCUGCAAAGUGGCGCUGGUUCUGUCAGGAUUGCUUGCUGUGUUCCAGGGUAUUGUGCUCACUGGCUCUAAGUCCGUGCUUGGCUACAUAUUUACAACUGAUGAAAACAUUGUGAAGAUGGUCUCAGAUAACCUCAUAGUCUACGUAUUUUUACAAUUCUUUGAUGCUCUUCUGUGUGUCUGCUCAGGGAUUCUUGUAGGAUCUGGGAUGCAGAAAAUUGCUGCCUUAUGCAACCUGGUGUGUUACUACUGCAUCGGUCUGCCAAUGGGAAUAGCUCUGAUGUUUGCUGCCAAGCUCAGAAUAAUGGGUUUCUGGUUAGGUAUCUUUACAUGUGUUACCUUGGAGACGGGUUUCUUCCUCUUUCUAAUCUUCAAACUCAACUGGAAGAAAGUCACUCACAAGGCUCAACUGCGAGCUGGAAAGAAAGUGGUUUUGAUACCAAAGCGUCCUACUAGUACAUUGCUGAGUGAAGCGAUGGUGCCCGACAUCUCUGACAUCUCUGACUGCCCUGAAACAGCCCAGUUGGACAGCAAAGAAGCUCCUAAAGCAGAGGGCUACAGUCCAGUCAACGCCCAGGAUCAGGAGCUGAAAGUGGGUCACAAGGCUGAGGCCAACAACACAAAUACAGAAAGAGCUGAGGGGGAUGCUGAACGGAUCAAAAAGACUUCAAACACCAAAGAUCCAGCGUUGCUUUCUGUCACUGAGCUGAUCUUGCGCCGGGGACUCGUCUUCCUGGUUUCAGUUGUCAUUUUGGCCAUAGGUGUCGCUUUUCACAUUGCUUUCCCUGUACAGGAGCCCUCUGCCCAGAGCAGGGCCAACUUUACCCAGAACUGGACUAAUGACUCCACUCCUACACCUUUGGCUCCACAGGACCUGACCCAAAACCUCUGAGCUAUCUUUGACCUCUGAAUGUAGACGUCUAGCAGCUGAACACGAUUCUCACAAACUGACAAUUUAGAUCUCCUCGUGAGAAAAGUGUGGAAUUUAUAGUCUACUUGACGACCUGGGUUGUUAUUAUAUAAAACUACAGCCUGACAUGGGACAAUGGAUUUGCCUUGAGUGAAGAAAAAUAUGUUGCAGUGCUGCACUGUUGAGCUAAUUCACAAAAAGCUGGAAGCAUUAUCAAAAAUCCUUGGCCUGAGAUGCUAAACUAGAACUAAAAGACACGCGAUAAAUCCUUCUCCAAAAGACAACAUGGACAUGAAGAAUCUGAUGUUCUUCCACAGAUAGCUUAUGAUUUUUCCACUUUCUCUUACCUUGAUUUACAUUUUGCUCUGGGACAUCGUCUCUUACUGACCUUUAAUCAUUUUCUCGUGUUUUUAAUGUAAGUCUAAGAUUGACUAUAAAUAGCUGAAGUAACAUUUACAUGUUUACUUGUUAAUAUGUAAUACACUUUAUAGCUAUAUGAGCAGGCUGUACAUUACUGCAUUGUCUUCCUGUAUCAAUCAGCCCUGGUAUUAUCCAGGACAGAGAUGACUGUUGAGUGAUGAUGAUGAAUAUUAGGCUAGUUAUUUUUUACUGUUUAUCGAUGGCCAAAAUAAUGUAUGGUCAUAUGAUAGCACCCUAAUCAAUAAAAAUGACUAAAGGUAGCAAUGAAACUAACCAAGCCAAACAUAAUAUUUCCCCAAUAAAUUUGUCAAAUUCUGAACUGCAGACAACAGAUUGAACUUGGUUUCUGAAGUUCAGUUGAAGGGAAGAAAUACAUAUAAUGUUGCCAAACAGUAGGCGUACUGAUGGGCACAAAAUACUACUCAUGGUCCAGCUAGCAUGAAGAUUCAUUAGUAAAUAACUGCUAAUGCUGCUACUUUCAUGAGGUGGUCCUAUGAAAUAAAUUGUUGACUUUUACCAGAAACACGAAAAACAACAAAAGUAUUAAACCCAGAUUUAAGAUUUUUAUCCUCGCUUAGUACAUUAUCUGAAUUUCAUGGCAACAUCACCAUUAAAAAAAGCUCUAUGGAUAACGAUGUGAA